ACGGAUGAAGCUGAUAAAAGAAGAUAUGAGAAUACUUUCUCUGGGUCAUAAUAGGCGAUGAGCAAGCCUGAACAGGACAGAUUUGAAAUGAGGGCAGAAAGUUUGAGUUUUUCAAAGCCAAGUGGGACUUUGCACACUUGUUGAGGAUGUUCUUUUCCCAAAAAUGGAAGAAGAAAGAAAUCUCAAAGCAAAAGUGUAAAAAGCGGAAGGGAAUAACAACCAAGUCGACUCCAAGAAUUUCAGUAGUUCAUCGACUCCUUUGGGCAAACACCCCUCACCCGCAUCGUACGCGUGGGUGAUGGGAUCACUAGUAUUGGUUUCCCAUCCUAGGAACGACUUCUUGAUUUGGAUUUCAGAGUGAUUAUUCUUUUUUUUUUCCCCCUACAAUGUGUGUUUUGACUCCUCAUGUUAGAUUUACGGAAAGGAAGUAAAUCCUGAAUUCAUGGUAUGUUUGACUAUACCACUGCUUGGUGUGCGAUAUGGAAACAUUAGAGGUUGUAACAUUCCUUGAAGUUGUAUUGGAAGCAGAGCUCUGCCAGGCAGACGGAUAGUGUAUGUUUUCUCUUCUUGGCAACCUGCUUGCUUUGAAUGAACCGAAUGUCAGCUGGAUGUCACAGCAUAUAUGAUUUACAGUCUUUGUUUUUUCGGGGCCUUAAAUGUAUGUUUUAUACUAAGCAGAUGGGAAACACAUUGAGCACUGUGUGUGACCUGUAUGCCUAAGGAAGGGAGCUCCCCGAUGGAUCAUGGCGUUGAUGUUUACAGGACAUGUCUUGUUUUUAGCAUUAGUGAUGUUUGCUUUCUCUACUUUUGAGGAAUCUGUGAGCAAUUACUCUGACUGGGCAGUUUUCGCAGAUGAUGUAGAUCAGUUUAAGACACAGAAAGUACAAGAUUUCAAGCCCAAUCAAAAGCUGAAGAAAAGUAUGCUUCAUCCAAGUUUGUAUUUCGGUGCUGGAGAAAUCCAGGCCAUGAGACAGAAGUCUCAUACAAGCCAUUUGCAUCUGUUUAGAGCUAUCAGAAGUGCAGUAACAGUUAUGCUGUCCAACCCCACAUACUACCUACCUCCACCCAAGCAUGCCGAUUUUGCUGCCAAGUGGAAUGAAAUUUAUGGUAACAAUCUGCCUCCUUUAGCAUUGUACUGUUUGUUGUGCCCAGAAGACAAAGUUGCCUUUGAGUUUGCCUUGGAAUACAUGGACAGGAUGGUUGGCUACAAAGACUGGCUAGUGGAGAAUGCACCAGGGGAUGAGGUGCCUGUCGGCCAUUCCUUAACGGGUUUUGCCACUGCCUUUGACUUUUUAUAUAACUUAUUGGAUGACCAUCGAAGACAAAAAUACCUGGAAAAAAUAGGGGCUGUUACCGAGGAGAUGUAUGAGUAUUCCAAGGUCCGUUCGUGGGGCAAACAACUUCUCCAUAAUCACCAAGCUACUAAUAUGAUAGCAUUACUCACCGGGGCUUUGGUGACCGGGGUAGAGAAAGGAUCUAAAGCAAACAUAUGGAAACAGGUCGUCGUAGAUGUGAUGGAAAAGACGAUGUUCCUUUUGAAUCAUAUUGUCGAUGGUUCUUUGGAUGAAGGUGUGGCCUAUGGAAGCUACACGGCCAAAUCAGUCACGCAGUACGUUUUUCUAGCCCAGCGCCAUUUCAGUAUCAACAACUUGGAUAAUAACUGGUUGAAGAUGCACUUUUGGUUCUAUUAUGCCACCCUCUUACCAGGCUUCCAACGAACUGUGGGUAUUGCAGAUUCCAAUUAUAAUUGGUUUUAUGGUCCAGAGAGCCAGUUAGUUUUUUUGGAUAAGUUUAUCUUAAAGAAUGGAGCUGGAAAUUGGUUAGCUCAGCAAAUUAGAAGGCACCGACCUAAAGAUGGACCAAUGGUCCCCUCCACUGCCCAGAGGUGGAGUACUCUUCACACCGAAUACAUCUGGUACGAUCCCCAGCUCACCCCACAGCCUCCUGCUGAGUAUGGUACUGCGAAAAUGCACACGUUCCCUAACUGGGGUGUUGUCACUUAUGGGGCUGGCUUGCCAAACACACAGGCCAAUACCUUUGUGUCCUUUAAGUCUGGGAAGCUGGGGGGCCGAGCCGUGUACGACAUAGUUCACUUUCAGCCAUACUCCUGGAUUGACGGGUGGAGAAGCUUUAACCCAGGGCAUGAACAUCCAGAUCAGAACUCAUUCACUUUUGCCCCAAACGGACAAGUGUUUGUUUCGGAAGCUCUCUACGGACCCAAGCUGAGCCACCUCAACAAUGUGCUGGUAUUUGCUCCAUCACCUACGAGCCAGUGUAACCAGCCCUGGGAGGGUCAGCUGGGAGAGUGUGGCCAGUGGCUCAGGUGGACCGGUGAGGAGGUUGGUGACGCGGCGGGGGAAAUCAUUACUGCCUCCCAACAUGGAGAAAUGCUAUUUGUGAGUGGGGAAGCAGUGUCUGCUUACUCUUCAGCAAUGAAGCUGAAAAGCGUGUAUCGUGCUCUGCUUCUCUUAAAUUCUCAAACGUUGCUCGUCGUUGAUCACGUUGAGAGGCAGGACGGUUCCCCAAUAAAAUCUGUCAGUGCCUUCUUUCAUAAUCUGGACAUUGAUUUUAAGUACAUCCCCUAUAGGUUUAUGAACAGGUAUAAUGGCGCCAUGAUGGAUGUAUGGGAUGCACACUACAGAAUGUUCUGGUUUGAUCAUCAUGGCAAUAGUCCCAUUGCUAGUAUACAAGAAGCAGAGCAAGCUGCUGAAUUUAAGAAACGGUGGACUCAAUUUGUUAAUGUUACGUUUCAGAUGGAAUCCACAAUCACAAGAAUCGCAUAUGUCUUUUAUGGGCCAUAUGUCAAUGUUUCCAGCUGCAGAUUUGUUGAUAAUUCCAAUUCUGGACUUCAGAUCUCUCUGAACGUCAAUAAUACCGAACAUGUUGUGUCCAUUGUAACCGACUACCACAACCUGAAGACAAGAUUUGAUUACCUGGGUUUUGGUGGCUUUGCCAAUGUGGCUGAUCAGGGCCAAAUAACCCGAUUUGGUUUGGGCACCCAAGCGAUAGCAAAGCCCAUAAAACAAGAUAGGGUUAUUUUCCCCUUUGGAUUUAAAUUUAACAUAGCAGUUGGGUUGAUUUUGUGCAUUAGCUUGGUGAUUUUAACCUUUCAGUGGCGGUUUUACCUUUCUUUUAGAAAGCUAAUGCGGUGGAUCCUAGUCCUUGUUGUUGCCUUGUGGUUUAUUGAGCUUCUGGAUGUGUGGAGCACCUGCACGCAGCCCAUCUGUGCAAAAUGGGCAAGGACGGAGGCCGAGGCCAGCCCGAAGCCUGUGUCUUCAGAAGGGCCCCACACUGACCUUCCCAGUGUUGUCGUUACCUCACUUCCUGGUUCAGGAGCUGAAAUCCUCAAACAACUUUUUUUCAACAGUAGUGAUUUUCUCUACAUCAGAGUUCCUACAACCUACAUUGAUAUUCCUGAAACUGAAUUUGAAAUCGACUCGUUUGUAGAUGCCUGUGAAUGGAAGGCAUCAGAUAUCCACAGUGUGCAUUUCCGUUUACUCCGCGGCUGGUUGCAGUCCUUAGUUCAAGACACAAAACUGCAUUUGCAAAACAUCCAUCUGCAUGAACCCAGUCGGGGUAAACUGGCCCCAUACUUCACAGCAAAUAAGGACAAAAAAAGAAAACUGAAAAGGAGGGAGUCUCUGCCCGAACAAAGAAGUAGAAUGAAAGGCACCUUUGAUAGAGAUGCUGAAUAUAUUAGGGCUUUAAGGAGACACCUGGUCUAUUACCCAAGUGCACGUCCUGUGCUCAGCUUAAGCAGCGGGAGCUGGACCUUAAAGCUCCAUUUUUUUCAAGAAGUCUUAGGAGCUUCUAUGAGGGCAUUGUACAUAGUGAGGGACCCUCGGGCAUGGAUCUAUUCAAUGUUGUACAGUAGCAAACCCAGUCUCUACUCUUUGAAGAAUGUACCAGAGCACUUAGCUAAACUGUUUAAGAUAGAGAGAGGUAAAGGCAAAUGUAACUUGAAUUCAGGCUACGCUCUCGAAUACGAAUCAUUGAGGAAAGAAUUAUCAAAAUCCCAGUCAAAUGCAGUCUCCCUGUUGUCUCAUUUGUGGCUCGCAAACACAGCAGCAGCGCUGAGAAUAAAUACGGAUUUGCUGCCCGCCAGCUACCAGCUGAUCAAGUUUGAAGAUAUUGUACAUUUUCCUCAGAAAACCACAGAAAGGAUUUUUGCCUUUCUUGGAAUACCUUUGUCUCCUGCUAGUUUAAACCAAAUAUUGUUCGCCACCUCCACAAACCUUUUCUAUCUUCCCUAUGAAGGGGAAAUAUCACCAACUAACACCAAUGUUUGGAAACAAAACUUGCCUAGAGAUGAAAUUAGGCUGAUUGAGAACAUCUGCUGGACACUGAUGGAGCGUCUAGGAUAUCCAAAGUUUACGGACUGAACGCUGCAGGUCAGCAGACAUUUGCACUAACACUUGCCAACGCGGUUUGUGGACGUGAACUGGAAGAGUUUGUUUAUUCUUGUACUACGUGUGUGCGUGCGCGCGCGUGUUCCGUUCGUUACUUGCACAAAGAUUAUUUUAAAAAUAGGCACCAUGUUUGGCCUCGCGGGAUUUAUUUUUACAUCACUGCUUUCCUUGCCUGUGUUUCUGAAGUUUUCUUUUUUUUUUUUUUCUGUUGCAAUGUUCCCGCUACGGAGGCACAGAGGAAGUUACGGGAUGGUGGGCAGGGGAGGUAGGAAGAUUUUCCGGGCUUUCGUCGAACUCUCUCCCUCACCUGUAACUGUGCUGAUCUAUAUGGGAACCUCAAACCCUGCAAGAGGCCUUUCAAUUGCUGCUUUGCCCAAGCAUCUCUUGCUUUCAAGAUGGACUACAAAAGUUCCUUAUCUUUUUUAAAAGAUCUUCUAACACAUUUAUCUUGCACCAAAAAAAAAAAAAAAAAAAAAAAAAUUGUGUAUAAUGUUCAGUGCUAUCACUGGGGAAAUGGUGAAACCUCCUAUCAUAACUGUAGGAUUCCUUCUGGAAAAUACAGAUGGAAAUACAGAAUGAGCAUUUUUUUUUUCUUUUUGGAGGUCAGAAACAGUGACCUGAAAAGCCUCCUUUAAGUUUUUUAUUCAGAAGUAAUAAGGAGUCAGUCUUUGAACAACCUGGGUACCAAGGGCUGGGAGAGUAUUUUAGACUUGCUGUCUGUUUAAAGCUCUCUUUUCUCUUCUUUGCCUCCUUUGGAGCUACAGCUGUUCCCGUCCCACCACUCCCACUGUCCUUUCUGUCACCGUCAUGCAAACCAGGCGAUGGUUAUUAAUUGUGGAAGUCCGGACGUUUGUGGGGACUCCCCCCACCCCCACCCCCUGACGAUUCAUUUUGUGUUAAAGCCCGACACAGACUUAGAAUCAGAUUUCUUUUUGUGGAACGAUCACUGUACGACUCAAAGCCAUGCCCAUGCUGCCCGUGGUUUUUUUUUUUUUUUAGGCUGGAAAUGAGUUGGAAACCUGCCUGACUCUCUUGCAUCCCUUUGAAUGAGUUUACAGACUGCCAGUGUCUGCAAAGGUUGAAGGCAAAUGGGAGAUGAUGUCAGAGGCAUCUGUUUCCUUUACCAUCUGCAUCUUAUUAUAAAUGUAGUCGUCAUGAGAUGUGGUUCAUUUUAUUUUGGUAGGCCCCGAAAUCAAAACGCCAUGCCAUUAUAAGCCCGUGGAGUGAUUACAACGCGUUGGAUGAAAACCAUUAGGCAGCACCCAGCCCUGAUGAAAGAAAAUCUCUGUGCAGAUCGCUGUCUUCCUGACGUUUCAGACUGUGGUUCCCCCAAGCUCUCGAGCACUCGGGGGUCUGUCAUUCUGACCUAGAUAAAAGCGGUUCCUUCUCAGUCGUUUGUUAUUAUGUCAGAAUGUGCCUCCGGAGUGAUGAGGCUGUGGAUAUGUUACAGCCCAGCCAACCCUAAGUGGCCUGUCAGUUUUCUUCCAUUAGAGUGUGAACACAGACCGUUCCUCCCCCCUCCCCAUGUACUUCCUUCCCAUCGCUCGCUGCUUUCUCGCUCCAAUGUCAAAGUGAACGAAAAUCAUAUUAAUAUAAGUGGAGAGGGCAGCCAAAGACCUGAGUCUGCACAGGCAUUCUCCAGGGAGGUUACUCUUCCUAUCUCAGGAACAGCAACGAGCAUGUAACACUGCCGCGCGGGUGACAGCACUCGUUCCGUCGUUGGUCGUAGCCUAUGUGUCUCCCGUCAGUUCCCGGGACAUGUGAUGUCAGAUCAGAUCCAGGGAAAAGGCUUUGGGUGGCCCGUAAUAGCAGGUCUGAUCAGGGUAAGAAUUACAAAUGCAUGCAGGUCACAGAAGAAAGCAGAAGCUGUACCACUGCCUCUGAACCUGGUGGAAACACCCCCAUGGGCAGCAGGGGGAACCAGGUUGAAGAACCAGGUUGAAGAUGUGCAGGGAAUCGGGAGAGAUGGGGAAAAUGAAAAAGACUGGUUCUGUGAGUGGAUAUGGGAACGUGUUCUUGAUAACUAAAGAAAGGGACAUAUUUUAUUUUGUUUUUUUCCCCAGUGUUUGUUUAUAUUUCAGAGAGACAGAGUGCAAGUGGGGGAGGGGCAGAGAGAAGAAGGAGACAGAAUCCGAAGCAGGCUCCGGGCUCAGAGCUGUCAGCACAGAGCCCGAUGCGGGGCUCGAACUCACGGACUGUGAGAUCAGAGAUCAUGACCUGAGCCAAAGUCCGACACUUGGCUGACUGAGCCACCCAGGCGCCCCAGAAAGGGACAUACUUACUACAAUGAUCUUUACAGUGUCCUAACUUUCACCGCCACAUAGCAAUGCCAAGGUGAACUUUUCCUGUCACUGUCCUCACCCACUCCCACCCCAAGGGAGAGUUUGCCGGAGGAGAUUUCUAUUUGCGGAUUCCCCUGUGAGGAGUGUGAGGGGUGAGGGACGACCCGGCCAUUGGACGUGCACACAUGUGUUCAUGCUUGGGGCCCCCCGCCGUAUAAUUGCAAUUCCUAAGGUGGUUAACUCCCAGGACGUGCUGGUCUUGCGUCCUUAGGGUGUUAGCCUAGAUAAAUCUGGAUAGCCUCCACAUCUAAGUUUAUUCUUACCAUCUGGAAAAUAAUUACGGGGAUGAUUGUCACUACGUGACACUUCUAAAGGAAAUACCUGUCCUCUCGGUAAGAUUAACCCCUUUCUUUGUUAACUUCUGCAAACAUAGGCCUAAUUGGGAUAAAAGCUGUUAUUAAAAUGAAAUUUAAGUCUUGAAAUUUAAAAAAAAGACUUAAUUUUGCUGGCAAAAGUAACAAACCCAGUAGUAGUAAUAGGGUUCUGGAGAGUUUGAAAUGCAGAUUAGUCACUUAGGAUGAAAAAGGCCAUGUCUGGAAUUGAGCUUCUUGUUAUCAAAGUCUGGAGAGGCUAGGAACUGGGAGACUCUUCAAGAAAAGGAAGAUAAAUUUGUGACUAUGCUUAAAAUUAAUUGAUAGAAACCUAGAGAGGUGCAAGUUGAAAGCAAAUGACAAGAAUGCAUGCACAUUAGGUCUAGACCCCAAAUAUUAGACAUUUGAUCAGCUGUCUCUUUAAACCAACAGGGAAUUAGUAAAUGCCUGGCGAGAACAAGGUGUUAAACUCUGAGUCACGGCCGGGGACUUGCCACAGAGCCCUCAGCAAGCAUAUUUGUAGAAGAACCUCCCCUCCACACACACCAGCGCAUCUUAAACAUGUUACCCCUGUACCACUGACUGGAUUAGCGUUCUUUACCAGCCCUUGUGGGUGCCUCGCCAAAGAUCCUAGCCAUUCUCGAUAAUGUGAAGUCUAUCCAAUUAUCUGGGAGUAGACGUUAGCAAUGGUUUUAACAUCACUACGUUCCACUGGCUUGAUUAACUGAUGAUAAUUAGUAAAAUAUUCAUUGAUUUCUUUAGCAGAAACGUAAAUAGGAGGCAGUAUGUAGUACCAAGUUCAGAGGUAAGGAUGCCUAACAGGAUACAUCAAGGAAUUUCAUAUGUGGGCUGUUUACUGCUUAUGUAAAUGUUGACUAAAGUAUGUCUAAGACAUCAAAAAAUGGCUGCUGUGGCAGUUUUUCCCAUUACGUCACUAGUAUCUUGAUUUCCCUUCAUGUUGGCAGAAAACUCCAAAUAAUAUUGCAAGAACUAAAUGACUGAUGUUUGCACAAAGGAUGAUAGGAACUUGACACAGCAGAUCCUAACAUUCGCUACUUCGCGUGUAGAUGCUUGAGCUGUAAUUUAUAGGAGCUUAGGUUCUAUGGAGUCCAAGUAACGUAUACAUGUUUAAUUCUGUUUCCAAAGACAGAUUCAGCUAAGGCUUCCAGACCUUUUGUUUUGUUUUGUUUUUCUUUCACACUUACCCAGUUCCUCGGUGAAGAAAAGAUAGACUGAAGAUCAUAAACAGAAUUAUUGAAACAGUAUGUAUAACAGGACUCCACUGUUAAUAAAUAAAAAGCUAAAAGCAA